GAAGAGCCCCGGUGCCAGCGGUGGUGGAGCGGAACCGGGCGUCCGGGAGUAAGGAGAACGGAUGGGGACUUUGGGAGUGGAGCCAGCUGCCCAGCUGCAGCCCCCCAACAUGAAUGACUACAGAGUCCUGAGAAUGCUCGGUGAGGGCUCCUUUGGAAGGGCCCUUUUGGUUCGACAGGAAAGCAGCAGUCAGAUGUUUGCCAUGAAGGAAAUAAGGCUUCCCAAGUCUUUCUCUGGUACACAGAAUUCUAGGAAGGAGGCUAUUCUGUUAGCCAAAAUGAAACACCCCAAUAUUGUGGCAUUUCGAGAAUCAUUUGAAGCUGAAGGACAUCUGUAUAUUGUGAUGGAAUAUUGUGAGGGAGGGGAUCUAAUGCAGAAGAUUAAACAGCAAAAAGGAAAGCUAUUUCCUGAAGAUAUGAUCCUUAAUUGGUUUACACAAAUGUGCCUUGGAGUAAAUCACAUUCAUAAGAAACGUGUGCUGCACAGGGAUAUCAAAUCCAAAAAUGUCUUCCUCACCCAAAAUGGAAAAGUGAAAUUGGGAGAUUUUGGAUCUGCCCGUCUUCUCUCCAAUCCUAUGGCAUUCGCUUGUACAUAUGUGGGAACACCCUAUUAUGUGCCUCCAGAAAUUUGGGAAAACUCGCCUUAUAAUAAUAAAAGUGACAUCUGGUCCUUGGGAUGCAUUCUGUAUGAGCUGUGUACCCUUAAACAUCCCUUUCAGGCAAAUAGUUGGAAGACUCUUAUCCUUAAAAUAUGCCAAGGGUCCAUCCGUCCACUGCCAUCUCACUAUUCCUAUGAGCUGCAGUAUCUCAUCAAGCAGAUGUUUAAGCGAAACCCUUCCCAGCGCCCUUCAGCUACCACACUGCUCUCCAGGCGCAGCUUAGCUGGGUUGAUCCAGACAUGCUUACCUGCUGAGAUCAUUACAGAAUAUGGAGAACAGAUACUAGAUGAAAUAUGCAAGCAUCAUACACCAAGGAAAAAGGCAGACUCCAGUAGACUCAGGACGGCUUUGGGAAAUGAAGCAAGCAUGAUGCAAGAAGAAGAACAAAGUAGGAGGAGUAGCCAUACUGAUUUAGAAAGUACUCAUAAAAGUUCAGCUGAAUGUGCUUUGAGGAGACUAACCAGGGAGAAGGAAGACCCAGGCAAUCAGCCACACCAUCUGGAGAAAAGUAGUUCACCAAGUCCUCACAGGAGACAUUGGGAGAGGAAGGAGCCGAAUACAGCUCUUGCAGCUUUAGAAAAUGCAUCCAUCCUUACCUCCAGUUUACCUGCAGAGGAAAGCAUAGGGGGUUCUGUAAUAAAGUACAGUGAAAGUAAUAGCCGUAAGCAGUGGCUCAGAGAGACCCCUGACACCGUGUUGAACAUCCUUAAAGGUGCUGAUCUCAGCUUGGCCUUCCAAACGUACACGAUAUAUAAACCAGGUUCGGAAGAAUUCUUGAAAGGCCCUUUGUCUGGAGAAGAAGUAUCAGACAAUGUUGAUGGAGAUUAUGAUUCUGUCAUUUUGGAUCCAGAGAGACUUGAACCCAGGCUCGAUGAAGCGGACACGGAUUUUGAGGAAGAUGAUGACAACUCCGACUGGGUAUCUGAGCUGAAGCAGCGAGCUGGAUGGCAGGACCUGUGUGAUGGAUAAUGUCAAGGGAAUGUGCCGGUCACAUGGGGGAGAUGAAAGAACAUAGAUUGAAUGUUUACCACUAACUUGUUUAACUAAUUAGGAUCUUUACCUCUAAUUAGUUGUGUGAUUAUAGAAAAUGACUUUGAUUCCUUGAGCCUUAAUCUUUUUCAACCACAAAUAAGAGCUACCUCAUAGGGAUGCUGACUGUAAACAGUUACAGAAGCCCGUAUGUUGUUUAUUCACCAUUGCAAUGAUUUGUAAUUAUUCCUAUGUAAUCUUUUUUUUACAUUUCUUAGGUUGGAUGAUCUAAACAUAGUCAAUGAUAACACAA